AUGGCGGCCACUGCAAUAGAAAGACAGCUUCAGAAAUGUGGCUACAAGACAGAUUCUGAUGUAUGUGAACUUUACCUUGGUAGAAAAGGACUGGAAGAAGUCACUGAGCUAUCAAGGUUUCGAAUGCUAAAAUAUUUAUGGCUUAACCACAACAAGAUCACAAGAGUAACAUUUUUAACCAAUAAUUACAGAUUAUCUGAACUAUAUCUUAACAACAAUGAAAUUGGCGACAUAACAGGUUUACUGAAGCAUUUAACAUCUUUGCACACAUUGCUGCUAAAUAAUAACCAACUCGCAAAGCUGCAAGCAACUGUAAAGGAGCUGAAGGCAAUGACUAAUCUUCGAAUUUUAAGUCUGUAUCAUAACCCUCUGGCUCAAGAUUCAGUUUAUCGUUUUUAUGUAAUAUUCCAUCUUCCGUCAGUGCAACACCUUGAUCUAAAAUGUGUUAAACAGAGAGAAAGAGAAGAUGCCUUUAAGCUAUUCAACCAUGAAAGGACUGCUGUGAUGCAAUCAUUAGGAUUUGGCAGAAGAACAGAUUCGGUGGUUGCUUCUAGAAGACCAUGUGUACCUCACUCUACAGAAAAUAGAAGCUCAAUAAGCUCAAGAAAACAUGCGGCUGGACACAAUAUAGAUAGAAUGCAUUUUUUUGGAGUAGAAGAUGCUGUUUUACUGAGAAACUCACAAAGAUCCGUUAUGCAGUUUUCAGUUCUGGACUGGAACAAGAUACCAUCCUCUCAACAAAAACGUAUUGACCAUCAGCCUUUUGAUCCACCUCAGUUAAAAACCUUUUUGUUCAGGUAGUUUCAUCAUGUGUCCAAUUAAGAUGGGUCAUCCUGUCAUUUCAUCUUAUGCAUGUUAUGUUGCAGUGUAUUGUCUUUUGCUUUUGUGUUACACAUACCUGAACAUUAUCUUUUUAAUUAAAUCUAAAUAAAUAUAUUUUAAGGAAA